AUGUUGCAACGAAGUAGAAGGAUAGGCGGUCCGGGGGCGAGGGAAAAUGUUGAGGAAUAUAAUUCCUGGAAAACACACCGAGAUGAUCCCGAUUUUGAGGACGUUGCAGAGAUACCGUCAUGGUACUUACAUGAGAGGCGAGACACGUUUAUAACCUCCCGUGGUGUCGGAGAAGAAGAAUCCCUCGAUGGCGAGCUCCAACCGGUGAUGCCCAAACUUAGACCUCAGGAAUCCCUAAAUCAAAUGCAUAAAGACUUUUUGAACCUGAAGAUAGACGAACUCGCGAUCAAUCCAGAAUAUAUCCCCUUUUGGAGAGGGGUUAAGAUAUUAGGCCAAGGAGGAGAAGGUUGCGUCGGACUGUGGGAAUAUAAUGGCCCUCCCGAGGCGAGACAAUUGCCUCGGAACGUCGCCGUGAAGCAGAGUCUUGGCGGGGCAUAUUCAAGGGCUCUUACCCAUGAGGGUAAAAUCCAUUGGCGUAUGUGCCGGUAUAUGCCCACGCAUAUUGUUCGUCUUCUUUUGGAACCCAAAGCAGCUGUUCCUAGCGAUGGUUUGGACCCUGAAUUCAACGGGAGAUUUCGACGGCUGAUAAUGGAGUAUUUCCCGCUUGGCUCUUUGUGGGACCUUAUCGACAGACGACAGCUGUUGGCAAUGCCGUUUGAAGAAGUCACAUUAUGGCGUAUAUUCGAUUGUUUAGUAGAUGGCAUUACGGUUAUGUCUAACGGUUCAGAAGCUGUGGUUGACUCGGCUACAGGAAACGCACGUUUUUCGCUAUUGCCAGCAAGAUCUCCCCUAAGGUCCCCCGAAGCCUCAGAGGCUAAAUGGCAAGAAGUCUACCACCUCGAUUUAAAACCAGCAAAUAUUAUGUUGGGGGAUAGGGAUAUGAACCACUCCUGGACUCCUGUGGCUAAGGUAUCAGACUUUGGGUGUUCGGAAGCAGUACCCCCAAAAGAUAAACAGACUCCCAGAUGGAAAUACGGCCUGCGACGACCUGGGACAGCUGGUUACCAUCCGCCAGAACAGUCAACAAAACGUUGGGAAUAUUUGGAUUGGGAGACUUCUGGCGUAGCUGGUAACUAUGGACCGCAUACCAACGUCUGGGCAAUUGGCCUGAUCAUGUGGGACCUCGCAACCUUGAAAGACCGCACAUCAGAAUACGAGGGCCCCGUGCAGCUAAAGCCCUUCUUCCCAAGCUGGCAAAUCUCAAAACGACCUGCCAAAGGCUUGACUCAUGGUAAGUAUCUACAAACUGUACCCAGAUACAGUCAAACUUUCAAGGACUUGGUAUACGAGUGCUUAUAUGAGAAGCCUAAACAUCGGCCAGACGUUCUUGAGCUUAAGGGGCGGAUAUGUAAGGCAUGGAAGCUCGCUGAUAGUGCAGCGGGCUCAAAGGGCGAACUAUGGAAAUGGUUUAUCCCACCUGAACCAGCGACGACAAAUAUACCAAGCCCUAAUUCACCAUCAGUUUCGCCACGUCCGCCUCCGUCUAUUAGGCAACCUAUAUCUGAAAUGGAACGGCAAAUGGAUGAAGAACGCGAUAGAUCCCCCCCGCCCGUGACUCUCCUCCUCCUUAAAAUUGCCUAUAUUGACGGCCCAGUCAACAAAGAACGCAUUAUCUCACGCUUUGAUAUCCAAGUCCCUGACCACCAUACGGAAUACUCAUUCGUCCGAGGCCUUAAGUUCCGCAUACGGGCCAAAACCAUCCAGCACAAUGCCCCUUGGAUCUCUUACGAUAACAUGCACCUACAGGUCACAUCUAUUCCUCCUAGCCGCAUCCAUCUCAAUGACGAUCGCCGUACACUAGCAUCCUACGGUUUUACUCUCGAUAAGCAACCGAUAUAUAUCAACCUCCGUUCUACCCCUGACUUUACUUAUGGCCUACCAGAUGGCUCGUUACAAAGUGGUGUUUCUAUUCGAUUUAACAUCUCGAGUGUGACACGCCAACAUAGUACCGUGGAGUUUAGAGGCAUACAGGUCGACACGAACAUUACGCGAUUAAAGAUGAUGCUAUUUGGACAUACCAAUGUUCCAGUUUGGCAGCAAAUUUGGUUUUAUGGCAACAUAGAGGUUAAGCCAGUCGAUGAGGAGCUAGAGAAUAUCCUAUUGAGCAAGCACAUCACGAAAGACGGCGAAGCCAUUACAGUCUGGAUAACUGAGGCGAAGCUAGCGGACAGACUGAUGGGCAUCCCAGCCAUCCAGGAGCCCGCUACGUAUGCUCGGAUUUAUCUCACCAAUGCGAGGCAUGAGCACCGGACGAUGGACAUACCAAACAUAACUGACGACACUACAAUCGAUGAUGUGAUUGUUGCAGUAGCUAGAAAGUCUGGUAUUCCGAUCCAGAGGCAGAGGUGGCGGUUUGGUGGGAUUUCUCUGACUACACCGGCUAAUAUGAGGUCUCUGCGGUUACGGGUAAUGGCGUAUAACGAGGCUAUGUGUGCAUUUACAGUGUGGGAGGUGGAGGAAACGGAGACAGUUUGGGUUGAGCCUCCUGGCGGGGAGAUAGUUGAAGAGUUGGUGGGCAACCCUAGAGAACCGUACGGUGAGGGCGAUCAGGUCGAGGACGAUCUGUAUAGCGCCGAUUAG